AUGAGUGUUUCACGAUUACAAUAUCAGAAACCAUAAUUAACUCGUCAAGUCUCUGCUACUUCAAGAACGACUCCUAAAGAUAUCAAUCCUGAUAACACGAUUAUGUCAUUCCUUAAAUCAAUGGAUACUAAAUAGGCUGCCAUAUUAAAUAGAUCAAUACGUUAAGGAGAGAAAUUUAAUGUUAGAAAUCAGAUAACUUCUACUAACUAAACACAAAAUAGUAGAAUCCAAUUAUCGACUGUCGAGAGAUAAAUAUUUAAUAACCUCGAAUUAAGGUAUAUUAGUAACAAGAACUUUCUAGAAUUUAAAAGUUACCUCAAAAAGAAUAAGAAUAUGUUAAAUAACUUUUGGGGUAGAUCGAAAAUGGAGAACAAAAACAUGAAGAACUAAUCUAAUAUUUUAAAAAUAACAAAACUAAAAGAAUGCAAUUAAGAAUAUUGUCUAAUUAUGGUAAUAAUACUUAAGUAGGAUUAACAGGGAUUGAAUUGUUAAAUCAAUAAUAAAAACUAAUUAAAAUAACAUCUAUCAUUUCAGAUGAUGAUUCAAAUAAUACUAUUACUAAUCUUAUUAAUGGACAUAAUUUGAUAAUAAAUUAGGAAUAUAUGUGGAUAACUACUUUUAAAUAAUUCCCUAUCAUAAUUACUCUUUUUUAUAUUGAAGAUUCUGAUAUACUUACAUAUGUCAAAAUUUGGAAUUUUAAUAAAAAUAGAAAGGAAUUAGAUAAAUGUGUAUAAAACCUUGAGAUUUUAUAAAAUGAAUAAAUUAUUUGGUCAGGAUAACUAAAAAGAGGAGUAGGCAAUACAUUUACUGAAUAUGCAGAUAUUUUAGAAUUGAAAAUUAAUAAUUAAAUUAAAGAAAUACCUUAACCAUUUUAUUAAUCAAUGUAAUCAAUGGUUUCUAAAAAAUCAGAUGAUAACACGUAAUAUAUAAUAUCAUUAUAUAAUAGUAUAAAUCAAUCAAAAGCAUCUAAUUAAUUUAAACAUUAAAAACCAAAAGUUAUGAAAAAUCCUUUUGAUGAUGAAAAAAGAAUCAAAUAACCUGAACCAUAAACUGUUAAAUAAUAGGUUAAUUAGAAGAGAUUAUUUAAAAAUCCUAUGAAUUUAUUUCCAUAAAAAUAAUUAACUGAGGAAGAUUCAACAAUAUUAUAUGUAAAAAGAGGAGUUGCACAUAUAGCUGCUGGAUAAACAAAAUAAAGAAUUAAAGGAAUUACAAUUCCUGAUUGUCCUAUAGGAAAUUUAUUAAUAUUUAAGUUAAUAUAAAAUUGGGGAGAUAUGUUUUAUAUAGGAUUAACUGGGAUAGAGAUAUUUGAUUAUUUAGGAAAUAAAGUAUAAAUAAUGGAAGCAAGUGGUUUUUUUAAGAAUCCAUAUGUUUUAUUUGAUGAUAAUUAUCUAACUUAGGAUGAGAAAUGUAUGUGUUUAGAAAGGGUUGAAAAGAAUAUGGAGAUUAAAUUGAAAUUUAAGGAAACAAAGAUAGCUAUGAUAAGGAUUUGGAAUUAUAAUAAAGGAAGAACACAUAGAAAUAAAGGAGUAAGAAGAAUGGAAAUAUUGAUUGGAAUGGAUUUAUCUGAUUAAGUAGAUCCUAUAUUUUAUGAUGAGAUUAAAUAAGCUAAUGCUACAUGUAAUAGUGAUAAUGCAGAAUAUAUUAUGUUUACAAAUAAUGAAUAAAUCUUAGAUAAAAUAUCUUAAACUGAUUGGUUAAAUAGAUUACAUGAGAAUUAGAUCUAAUAAUAAAAAUAGAUAUUAGAAAAUACUAUAAAAUUUAGUAGACCAGAUACUGCUACAUUUAAUAAACAUAACUAAUAAAAAUAGAAUAAUGGUAUUCUUAUUAAAUAACCAUCUGAUAAAUUAUUAUAAUAAAAUUCUAAAAAACCAUUUACAUCUAUUCUUAAUACAUUACCUACUGUAACUGUUAAAACAUUAACUAUAUAUAUUUUAAAGAAUUGGGGUGAUAAAUAUGUUGGAUUAGAUAAGAUAGAAAUUCAUGAUAAAUAUGGAUAAUCAUUAAAAAUAAAAAAAUAUAAAGUGAUUACUUAUUAAUCAGAAACAAUAAUGAAUAAUGAUGAAAGAUGGCAAUUUCAUAAUGGUUAAAUUAGAAUAUAAUUUUCAUUUCCAUAAUGUAUUCAAAUUAGUAGAAUACUGAUUUGGAAUUAUAAUAAAGAAGAUGAAUUAGAAAAAGGUGUAUAAUUAAUAAAUAUUGAAGGAGAUGAUCAAAUAUUGAAUACUAUAUAAGGUAUAUUUUUAAGAAAAGGUCAUGGAUUAAUUGAUGCUAAUGAACCAUAAAUAAUUGAUUUACCAUAUCAAUAAAAUAUUAAAACUAUUUUAGCUAAUUAUCAAUUUGAAAAGAGUAUAUAUUUAGAUUAUGAAACUGCUCAAUUACCUUAAGGAACUAAGAUUACUAUAAAAUUAAUAUCAACUUGGGGAGAUUUACAUUAUAUUGGAUUGAAUGGAAUUGAAUUAUUUGAUCCUAAUGGUGAUUUAAUUAUGCCUAAAUUAUAUGCAAAACCAUAUUCAGUUAAAGAAUUACCUGAUAUGGAAAUGGAUGUUAGAACACCAGAUAAAUUAUUAAAUAAUUGUAAUGUUACUUUAGAUGCUAAAUAAAUUUGGUUAGCUCCUUUUGUUAAUUCAUAUACAAAUAGAUUAUAAACUAAUAUUAAUUCAAGUGUUUUUGACUAAGUUAAUUAUUAAGUUAAUAAAUUGAUAUUGUUAUUUGAUUCACCUUAAUAAGUUUCUGCUAUAUCUUUUUAUAAUUAUAGUAAAACACCUGUUAGAGGAGUUAAAGAAUGUGAAAUUUCUAUGGAUGAUUUUAUUAUUUAUCAAGUAAAAUUUACAUUUAAUUCCAGGGUUAUUUAAAUUUAUCCACUCUAACAUAAACUCCAAAAGGAAUAAUAGGGAAUAAUAAAACAACUGUUUUGUUUACAAGAGAUGAAAGACUAAUAGAAUAAAUUGGAACUGUGUAAAUAAGAGAUAGUAUUAUAGGAUCUGAAACUACAUUAAUAAAUGAAAAUUAAGUAUAUACUUUUAAUUAAUAAUUAUUAGAGAGAAACCAUUAAUAGUAUAAAGAACAAAUAAGUGAGAAAUUAAUAAUAAAAAUUGUACAAAGAAUUGGAUAGACCAACAACAACUUAAGUUUACUGA